AUGACAUUUGUUAAAGGUGUUUGUUUCGAUCCAGCUCAAGCAAAGAAAUCAGUUUUAGAUGUUAAAGAAACUCUUUUAAAUUUAGAAACCCAAGUAAAGAAAACUUCAUUAUCAAAAGAUGAAGCUGUAGAUGCUUAUAAAAUUUAUGAAACUUUACCACUCACUUUCCAAAUCAAUUGGUCUAUUGCAGGUGAAGAUGCUAAUGAAAACCAAAAAGUUGCAGAUUUCUGUAGAGACAAAUUAAAUGAAUUAAAUCAUGUCCAUAAUUUUACAUCAUCUAAAAUUCCAAGAGCUUUCAAUGCUGAUAAUAGUUAUUAA